AUGAAUUCUCUUCUCCGCCUGAGCCAGUUGGCUGGGCCAGCUCACAUGCGCGCAAUUCACUCGUCUUCUUCAGUUUGGAGCAAAGUGCCACUCAGUAAAUUCGAGCCGAACGCAUAUCUUCCAUACGAGCGUCUGUCGCAAAAUGUGAAGAUUGUUAAAGACAGACUGAAGCGUCCAUUGACUCUUUCCGAAAAAAUUCUCUAUGGACAUUUGGACCAGCCAAAGACCCAAGACAUUGAGAGAGGAGUCUCCUAUCUUCGCCUCCGCCCUGAUCGUGUUGCUAUGCAAGAUGCCACCGCUCAGAUGGCAAUGCUCCAAUUCAUCAGCUCCGGACUGCCAAAGACCGCCGUCCCAUCCACCAUUCACUGCGAUCACUUGAUCGAGGCUCAGAAGGGAGGAGUUCCAGAUUUGACUCGUGCUAAGGAGCUCAACAAAGAGGUCUUCAACUUCUUGGCCACCGCCGGAAGCAAAUACGGAGUCGGAUUCUGGAAGCCAGGAUCUGGAAUUAUUCAUCAAAUCAUUCUCGAGAAUUACGCUUUCCCAGGACUCUUGCUCAUCGGAACUGACUCGCACACACCAAAUGGAGGAGGUCUCGGAGGACUUUGCAUCGGAGUCGGAGGAGCUGACGCUGUCGAUGUGAUGGCUGACAUUCCGUGGGAGCUCAAGUGCCCAAAGGUCAUCGGAAUCAAGCUCACCGGAAAACUCAACGGAUGGACUUCAGCUAAGGACGUUAUUCUGAAGGUUGCUGAUAUUCUUACCGUCAAGGGAGGAACUGGAGCUAUUGUCGAGUAUUACGGACCAGGAGUUGACUCUAUUUCUGCCACUGGAAUGGGAACUAUCUGCAACAUGGGAGCUGAAAUCGGAGCCACCACAUCUGUCUUCCCAUACAACGAGAGCAUGUACAAGUAUCUUGAGGCUACUGGACGUAAGGCCAUCGCCGAUGAAGCCCGCAAGUACAAGGAUCUCCUCACUGCUGAUGACGGAGCCCACUACGACCAGAUCAUUGAAAUCAACCUCGACACCCUUACCCCACACGUCAACGGACCAUUCACCCCAGAUCUUGCUUCUCCAAUCGACAAACUUGGAGAGAAUGCCAAGAAGAACGACUGGCCAUUGGAUGUUAAGGUUUCCCUCAUCGGAUCCUGCACCAACUCCUCUUACGAAGACAUGACCCGUGCUGCUUCCAUCGCCAAGCAAGCUCUCGACAAGGGACUCAAGGCCAAGACAAUCUUCACCAUCACUCCAGGAUCCGAGCAAGUUCGUGCCACCAUCGAGCGUGACGGACUUUCUAAGAUUUUCUCUGAUUUCGGAGGAAUGGUUCUUGCCAACGCUUGCGGACCAUGCAUCGGACAAUGGGAUCGUAAGGAUGUGAAGAAGGGAGAGAAGAACACCAUUGUCACAUCGUACAACCGUAACUUCACCGGAAGAAACGACGCCAACCCAGCCACUCAUGGAUUCGUCACUUCUCCAGAUAUCACCACAGCUAUGGCCAUCUCGGGACGUUUGGACUUCAACCCAUUGACCGAUGAGCUUACCGCUGCUGAUGGAAGCAAAUUCAAGCUCCAGCCACCAACCGGACUUGACCUGCCACCAAAGGGAUACGAUCCAGGAGAGGACACCUUCCAAGCUCCAGCUGGAUCGGGAUCCGUCGACGUCUCUCCAUCUUCUGAUCGUCUUCAACUCCUCGAACCAUUCGACAAAUGGGACGGAAAGGAUUUGACUGACAUGAAGAUCUUGAUCAAGGUCAAAGGAAAGUGCACCACCGACCACAUCUCUGCAGCUGGACCAUGGCUCAAGUACCGUGGACACUUGGACAACAUCUCCAACAACUUGUUCCUCACCGCAGUCAAUGCUGAGAAUGGAGAGAUGAACAAGGUCAAGAACCAAGUUACCGGAGAGUAUGGAGCCGUUCCAGCUACCGCUCGCAAGUACAAGGCUGACGGAGUUAGAUGGGUUGCUGUCGGAGACGAGAACUACGGAGAGGGAUCUUCUCGCGAACAUGCCGCUCUUGAGCCACGUCAUUUGGGAGGAAGAGCUAUCAUUGUCAAGUCGUUCGCCCGUAUUCAUGAGACCAACUUGAAGAAGCAAGGAAUGCUCCCACUUACUUUCGCCAACCCAGCCGACUACGACAAAAUCGACCCAUCUGACGAAGUCUCGAUCGUCGGACUCAACUCAUUCGCCCCAGGAAAGCCACUGACCGGAGUAUUCAAGAAACAGAAUGGAUCAAAGGUCGAGGUGACCUUGAACCACACAUUCAACGAGCAACAAAUCGAAUGGUUCAAGGCCGGAUCCGCCCUCAACAGAAUGAAAGAAGUGUUCGCGAAGAGCAAAUAA